UCCACUGCCCAGAGGGAGCCAUGGCUGCAGAGAAUCCCGUGGAAAGUCUCCAGGAGGAAGCGACAUGUCCUGUCUGUCUGGAGUAUUUCACAGAACCUGUCACUCUGGAGUGUGGGCACAAUUUCUGCCGAGCCUGCAUCAGCCAGUGCUGGGAGGGAUCCGAUACAGACAUCUCCUGCCCUCAGUGCAGAGAAACUGUGCAGCAGAGAAACCUCAGGCCCAACAGGCAGCUGGCAAAUGUCAUAGAAAUCGCCAAACAGUUGAGUUUACAGGCAGCAAAGGGAACAGGAGGGGAUGGGGUGUGCGGGAAACACCAGGAGGCUCUGAAACUGUUCUGUGAAGAGGAUCAAACCCCCAUCUGUGUGAUCUGCAGAGAGUCCCGGGCUCACCGCACUCACACGGUGGUUCCCAUCCAGGAGGCUGCCCAGGAGCACAAGGAGAGAAUUCAGGCCCAUUUGAAGACUCUGAGGGAAGAGAGAGAAAAGCUGCUGGGAUUGAAAGUGACUGGAGAGAGGAAUAGCCAGGAGUAUCUGAAACAAACACAAACCGAGAGGCAGAAGAUUGUGUCUGAAUUUCAGCAAUUGCGGCAGUUCCUGGAGGAACAAGAGCGACUCCUGCUGGCCCAGCUGGAGAAGCUGGACGAAGAGAUUGUGAGGAUCCAGAAUGAAAAUGUCAGUAAACUCUCCGAGCAGAUUUCCCAUCUCAGUGAGCUGAUCAGUGAGAUGGAGGGGAAGUGUCAGAAGCCAGCGAGUGAAUUCCUGCAGGAUAUUAGAAGCAUCUUGAGCAGGUGCGAGAAGGGGAAGUUCCAGCAGCCAGAGGAGAUUUCUCCUGAACUGGAAGAGCAAGUCAGUGAUUUCUCCCAGAAAACGACUCUGCUAUUGGAGACUCUGGGGAAGUUCAAAGACACUCUGCCAUCUGCACUAGAGACAAAAAGAGGAGGAUCCCUAGGAACAUUCAGACAGGUGAAUGUGACUCUGGAUCCAGACACGGCUCAUCCCAAACUUCUCCUGUCUGAUGAUCGGAAAAGUGUGAGCUUGGGAGGCACACAGCAGAAUCUGCCCAACAACCCUGAGAGAUUUGACUAUUGGUCCUGUGUGCUGGGCUGUGAGAGUUUCACCUCGGGGAGACAUUGCUGGGAGGUGGAGGUGAGGGAUCAGGGAGGCUGGGCUGUGGGGGUGGCCAGAGAGUCUGUGAGGAGGAAGGGACAGAUCAGCCAUAGCCCUGAGGGGGGGAUCUGGGCUGUGGGGCGGUGGCUGGGUCAGUUCCAGGCUCUGACCUCCCCUGAGACUCUCUUGCCCCUGAGCCGGGUCCCCAGCAGGAUCCGGGUUUGUCUGGACUGUGACCAGGGGCAGGUGACAUUUAUCGAUGCUGGUGACGAGGCCCCGAUCUUCACUUUCCCGCCGGGCUCCGUCCCUGGGGGGAGAAUCCAACCCUGGCUCUGGGUGGGGGGAUCCCGGCUCCGACUGUGUCCCUGA